GGCCUCUGAUAGCAGAAGGCGGCCCCCGCCCCGCCCCCGGCGCGCGCCCAUGGACGUCACGGUGCUGGGCGCGGACGGCCUGCCGGAGAAGGCGUACAUCUCCAUCCGCGCGGGGGAGGUGCGGAAGCAGGUGCAGUACAAGCCGGGCGUCGUGUUCGAUCUGAAGACGGCCCCGAAGCACUUCGUGCUGGACGUGUUCGAGAAGGUGGGCUCCCGGCAGGUGGACCUGAGCGACCUGCCGGGCCCCGUCGGCGACGCGGACGCCAGGCAGGUUGUCCUGAAGCUCUCCGGCAGGGACGGCUCUCCCAUCAGCUUGGACGUGAGGGUCAAGGUGGGCGACCCCGCCGAGGCCGAGGGCCAGAGGAAGGGCACGCAGAGGGUGUCGAGGCACCAGGCGGCCCUGCAGGCCAGAGGCUACCUGGACAGCUGCGGCGUGCAGAAGGUGCUGCAGAGCAUGGUGCACCAGCUCCUGACCGAGCAGCCCGCCGACGCCCUCGGCUUCAUGACCGCCCACCUGCAGGAGCUCGCCUCGAAGCGCGCCGCCCCCGAGGCCACGGUCGCGCCCCAGGCCUCCGCCCCGGCCGCGGCGCCACCGCCGCCCGCAGGCGGCGGCGCCGGGCCCGUCCUCGACGCCGCCGAGGAGAGCGAGCAGGGCUUCCCGACAGACGGAUCUGCGCCUCUGCCCGACCUGUCGGGCCACCACAGCGUCAUGGCGGGCGUGCUCAAGCUGGACCCCGCAGCCUACUCUCGGCUGCAGGCCCUGCGCUCCGCGGCCGGCGUGACGCUCGCCAGGUGCAUCAAGCCGGGCGUCGACAACAAGGGCCACCCCAUGGUGCGGACAGUGGGCCUCGUGGCCGGGGACCCGUCUUGCUUCGAGGUCUUCAAGGACGUCUUCGACCCGGUCAUCCGCGAGCUGCACCCGGGCUUCUCGCCGGGCUCGCAGCACCCAGCGGAGCUGGAGGCCUCCGGGGUGAGCGACCUGCCCCUGGACGAAUCCGGCUCGCGGGUGGUCUCGGUGCAGGUGGCGGGGAGCCGCAGCCUCUCGGGCGGCCUCCGCAUGCCCACCGCCGCGGCGCGGGAGGAGCUCUGCGAGGCCGAGCGCCUGCUGUCCGGGGCGCUGUGCUCCCUGGGCGGCCGCCUCGAGGGCGUGUACCACCCCUUCGCAGGCAUGCAGGAGGACGAGCACCACGAGCUGCGCAGCGCCGGCCUGCUGUUCGAGGAGCCCGACUCCGCGAUCCUGCACUCCGCGGGCUAUGGGCGCUGCUGGCCGCACGGGCGCGGCGUCUUCGUCGGCAAGGGGAAGGAUUUCUUCGCAUGGGUCAACGAAGCGGACCACCUGAAGAUCUUCUCCCAGCAGCCUAGCGGGGACCUCAAGCAGGCGUUCGAGCGUUUUGUCUGCGUCGAGAGGUCACUCGGCGAGUUGCUGAAGGCCAGCGGUCACGACUACGCCUUCGACGGCCGCCUGGGCUUCCUCAACUCGUGCCCCUCGAACAUCGGGACGGCCCUGCACGUCAGCGCCACGCUCAGGCUCCCGCUGCUCGGCGCCAGAAGCAAGGAGUUCAGGGCACGGUGCAAGGCCCUGAGCCUCCAGGCCCGCUCGCGCGGUGGGCCAGGCGGGCUCCAGGAGCUGUCCAACUACAAGCGCCUCGGUUGCUCGGCUGUCGCUCAGGUGAACUCGCUGAUCGACGGCUGCAGGGAGCUGACGGCCCUGGAGGCGAGGCUGGCAGCCGGGGAGGAGCCCUCCGAGGUGCUGCGCGAGGGCCCGCCGGUGCCGGCGCCGCUCCCCGCCGAGGCCGCGGGGGCGGGCCCCGCCGCCGGCGGGGGCCUCGCGGAGGCGCUGCCGGACCUUGCGGGCAAGCACAGCAUGGCGGCGGACGUGCUGAGGGCCGACCCGGGCAUCUACGAGAGGUUGAAGACGCAGAAGACGGCCAUGGGCGUGUCACUCACGACCUGCAUCAAGUCCUGUCUCGAGAACAGCGGCCACCCCAUGAUCAAGACGAUCGGGGCGGUGGCCGGCGACGACCUCUGCUACAGUACAUUCAAGGACUUCUUCGAUCCGGUCAUCAAGCUCCGGCACCCAGGUUGGGACUCCUGCGCCGCGCAUCCCACGGACCUCGACUGGUCCAAGGUGAGCGGCGAGCCCCUCGAUCCGGACGAGGCCGGCCGCGUGGUCUCCGUGCGCGCGAGGAUCGCCCGCAACCUGCAGGGCAUCCGCAUGCCGCCCGCGUGCUCGCUGGAGGAGCGGCGCGAGGUCGAGAGGGUGGUGGCGCAGUCGCUCCGCACCAUGCCGGGCGAGUACUUCCCCCUGCGGGGUUCGAGCAGCUACCCGCCGAAGCCCGAGGGCAUGAGCGCGGCAGAUGAGGAGCGGCUCGAGGCCGAGCACCUGCUGUUCGACGAGCCCGACUCCCAGGUGCUCCUGUCCUCCGGCUUCGGCCGCGACUGGCCCGACGCCCGCGGUGUGUUCGUGGGCGAGGACCGCCAGUUGCUGGUCUGGGUGAACGAGUCCGACCACCUGCGCAUGCAGGCAAUGCAGGGGGGCUCGGAUCUCAAGGCCGUGUUCGGGCGGCUCUGCGAGCUCCUCGCUGGCACGGAGGUUGCACUGAAGGCGACCGGCCACUCCUUCGCGAAGAGCUCCAACCUGGGCUUUCUCGGCGCAUGCCCUUCUAAUUUGGGCACCUGCCUCGCAGCAAGCGCCAUCAUCCGGAUCCCUCUGCUCAGCGCGGAGCCGCAGUUCCGGGCCAUCUGCCGCCAGCUCCGGCUUCAGGCCCACCUCGGCAUCGGUGGCGGCCUCACGGUGGCGGAGGGGGUCUGGGAGGUGCUCAACAGCGACCGCCUUGGGUGCAGCGAGGUGGAGCAAGUCAACACCGUGAUAUCGGGUUGCCGCGCCCUGCUGUCGGCGGAGUCGAGGCUGGCGCGGGGCGAGGCGCUGGAGCCCCUCCCCGCGCAGCUGGCUGCACCGACCCCCUGCGGCUCCGCACGGAGCCACUCCACGACGGCUGCGCCCCACGACGAGCAGGACGAGGGCUACGACGAGGACCCAGGGCUCGGGGUGCUGGAGUUCCCAGGCUUUCCCGCGGACUCGUGCCCAGAGGAGCUCCCGAUUCUCGACCGCCAUCACAGUCUCAUGGCAAACGUGCUCAAGGGCGACCCGUCCAUCUACUCGCGUCUGCGAGCUCUGCGGACGAGUAUGGACGUCUCCCUGGCAAGGUGCAUCAAGACAGGCAUGGACAACGGGGGGCACCCCAUGAUAUCGACUAUGGGCCUGGUGGCGGGUGACGCAGAGUGCUACGACCUCUUCGCCCCACUCUUCGACCCAGUGAUCCGCGAGCGACACGCGGGCUUCGACCGAGCCCGCGACCAUCAUGUCAGCUGUCUUGACGCAGGCGCAGUUGUGGUCGGUGACUUGGACCCCGUCGGCGACUACGUGACCAAAGUCCAGGUGUGGGUGUGCCGUAACGUCCAGGGCCUGAAGUUCCCUCCCGCGGCGUCUGAGCCGGAGAAAAUCGAGGCGGAGAAAAUGAUCACCACUGCGCUACUCAGUGUGCCUGGACUCGGCGGUCAGUACCACCCCCUGCGCGGCUCCCACAGCUACGCGGCCCUUCCAGGCGAUAUGAGCGAGGAGACGGAGCAGCUGCUCACCCAGAAGGGCCUGAUGAUGAAGGUCCCAGACUCCAACGUCGUCCUCUCCACAGGCGCGGGCAAGCACUGGCCGAAGGCUCGCGGCGUGUUCACGGCCGACGAGUACCAGACCGUGGCCUUCGUGAACCAGGAGAGCCACCUGCGCCUGCGCUGCUCCCGCGACGGCGCGGACCUGCGAGGCACGUUCGCGCGCCUCUGCGAGGUGGAGCGCGGCGUGCGGGAGGCCCUGCGGGCGGACUCCCUGCGCUUCGCCGAGGACGUCCGCCUGGGCCACCUCGUCACGAGCCUGGCCGACCUCGGCACGGCCAUGCGCGCAGAGGUCUUCGUGCGGCUGCGGCUUCUGCCCAAGCGCCCCAGGUUCAAGGAGCUGUGCCAGCGGUGCAACGUCAUCGCAAGGGCCACCGCCGAGGGCGGAGCGGGGCUCGUGUGCGUGUGGAACUCUCAGACCCUGGGGUCCACCGAGGCCGACCAGGUCAACGCCGUCAUCCGGGCCGUGAGUCACUUCGUGUCCCUGGAGGCGCAGCUCCAGCAGGGCAGGGAGGUGGACCUGCAGGCCCCCCUGCCAGAGCCGAGCCUCUCCGGCGACGAGGCCGUCGUCGAGCGCAUGCGGAGCAGGGCAAGAAGCGUGCUGGGGCAUGCGGCCAACGACGGGAGUCUGGAGUCCGCGCUGCAGAUGCUCCUGCCACAGGGCCAGGAGGCCGACAUCGAGGACGUGCGAGGCUGGGCAAGAAGUACGCUACUGCAGGCGGCCAACGAUGGGAGGCUGGAGUCUGUGCUGAAGGAGAUGCUGCCGGAACGCGGGGAGGAGAAGGAUGAAUCAUCCGAGUCACGAGAGAUGGCGAAGAAGCAUCUGCUGGGGGCGCUGGAGGACGGCCGUCUCCAGGCUGCUAUAGAGACCAUCGUUUCAGAGAGUCAGGCGGGGCAGGAGGAUGACAGCAUCGACUCGGUGAAGGAGCGGGCAAGGGUAGCCCUCAGGGACGCUCUGCAGACUGGGGAUCUGGAGGCGAUAUUCCAGCGCAUCCGUGAGCCCGACACUGGGCAGCCAGAAGACGAUAUUCAUUCGAUGAAGGACCGUGCGCGAGUGGCCCUCUCUGACGCUCUGGUGAACGGGAAGCUCGAGGGCAUCUUGCAGGAGGCCGUGUUGCAGGUGGAGGAGUUUUCCGAGGAUGUGCCCGGGCUGGGCUCCGCCGACAUGCCGGGCUUCCCCGCGGACGCGUGCCCAGAGGUAAUGCCAGACCUUGCGAGCCACAACAGCAUCAUGGCAACGACGCUGCGCAGCGAGCCGGCAAUCUAUGAGUCGUUGAAGGGCUUGUCCACGAAGUUCGGAGUGACGCUGGCCAGGUGCAUCAAGCCUGGGAUGGACAACAAGGGGCACCCCAUGGUCAAGACCCUGGGGUUGGUGGCUGGAGACGAAGAGUGCUACGAGCUCUUCGAGAGCCUAUUCAACCCCGUCAUUUCCGCGCGGCACGGUGGCUUCGACCCGUCCACCGGGUCGCGGCACCCUGCCGGUCUGGAGUCGGCGGGCGCCGUGGGAGAGGGUGCGCUCCUCGAUCCGUCCGGCAGGCUCGUCGUCUCGGCCUCGGUGCAAGCGGGGCGAAAUGUCAAGGGCGCCUGCUUCCUCCCCGCGGCGUCGCGGCUGCAGCGCCUAGAGGUUCACGGGCUGUGCGUGGGGGCGCUGAAGUCGCUUGGCGGAGACCUGGCUGGCGAGUACACUCCGCUCGCGGGCAUGGACCAGGCGGCGCGGUCGAGACUCGCGUCGGAGGGGCUGCUGUUCGACAUGCCCGACUCGCCGUACACGCUCGCCUCGGGCUUCGGCAGGCACUGGCCCGAGGCGCGGGGCGUGUUCACGAACGCAGCGCACACGCUGACUGCCUGGGUGAACCAGGAGGACCACCUGCUGAUCUCAGCGUCCGAGCAGGGCGCAGGGAUAUGGGAGGCUUUCGCGCGCUUCGUGCGGGCGGAGGGUGCCAUCCAGGAGUCCUUGCAGAGCCAGGGACGCGGGUACGCGCGCUCGGAGGCUUUGGGGGUGCUCACCGCGGACCCUUCCAAAGCGGGCUCCGGUGGGUUCCAGGCUAGGGUGUCCGCGCGGCUCAACUUGGUGUCGGGCCAGGCGGACUUCAAGGCUGUCUGCAAGGGCCUCAAGGUCGCAGUGAAAGAGUCGGAUGAGCUUGGCGUGUGGAGCAUCUCCAAGACGGGCUUCCUCGGUCAGUCCGAAAUGGAGGUGGUCCUCGCAGUGGCUGGGGCGUGCCAGAAGCUGGUGGAGAUGGAGCUAGCGCUGGAGAGAGGUGAGGGCUCGGCCUAGUGACCAUUACGAUGGUUGGCGCUAUUAGUAGAGCAUGGUGCGGCUGCCAAGGCGUUCUCUGUUUGAGGUGUGUUUGGCACCCCUCGUCGGACCUUUUUGAAACAGAGUUGCGGAACUGUCGAGGCUGUGUAAUUCGCGCAGGCUGCGCCGCACUCCGUUGCCCCGAAGCAGAUCUUGGGCCCUGUAGAUGACUCUGGCCGAAAGAGCACGUGAACAUGUUCCGCCGAGCAGGUUCUGGCGCACCUUGCGAGCGCCCAGCUCGUAGCGAGCGCCCGGCUCGUUGGGCCGCUUUCUGUGUGUAUCAGACCCCAAGCGAUACAUAUGCUGACUUAACACCUCGUGGCAUCUGACAAACACAUUUGGGCGCUGGAAGAUUCGAGAAUCAGAUGCCGCUAGACUUCUGUGUUUCCGUUCUCGCUCUUGCGAACAGCGCCGAUUCGCGCGCAUUUGCUCGUGGUGGGACAGACACGCAAGGGCAGCAGAGACGAGA